CUGCUUGCAGUAGCAUGCAUUGGUCUUCAUCACAAGAGCUCUACUGGCGAUUGGAAUAUUGACACUCUAUCUGCAGCGACAUUUGGUGGUUUUGUAAUCAUUCUUAUUGGAGGAUUUGCAGGUUACCUCGUCAGUGCACCGAUCAGCAAGAAAAUCGACAUUUUCUACAGUUUGGCAGGCUGCGCCCUCUUUGUAACAGCCGGCGCACUAAACAUCAAACACUACGAAGACAGCUGGACUAAGGGAGAAUGGAGGGACUACGGUUUAGCAAAAGGCUCCCUUGCCAUCAUCAACGGAGCCUUAUUUUUGCUUGACGGUUUGAUCACCUGGCGUGGAGACUUCUAAACUGCUUCAUCUCAUACUUCACCACAUUUGUACAAUGAAAAUAAAUAUUUAUAUAAGUUACCCGCUGUAAGGAGGUUUGAAAAAAAUACUUGUCUUUAAUUCGCUUCCAUACAAUGUUGUAUCUCUUUGAAAAGUAACAAUCAUGAUAAUAAAAGUAGUCAAGUGUUCUUUUUUAGGACCUCCUAAUAAUAAGGUGGGUGAUCGAAAAUGUAAUACAAGUCACAGAAAGUUUAGAAAACAUGUCUAACUAUGUAUAUCAGGGAAGAACUUGACUUCAGUUGAUAUCCCAACAAUAUUAUUUUAAAAACUACAUAUUUAUAUUUUGAACCCCGCGUUCUGUCAAGAAAUGUAUAGAUAGACAUAGUCAAGCGCAACUUGAAACGUUACUUCUGUGCUUACUGUGACGGUUUUUUUUCGAACAUAUGGUAUACAUUAAGUAGUGAUAUUUUUUUUCUGUACUAUACAACGAAACUAAAUACCAUAUUAAUACUUUAUUACAAAUUUAUUUAACAAAGUAUUAUCUAAAACCACUAAUAAUAAAUAAAGGGUUCCAAAUUAUGUAGGUAUCUACAUUAUUAUAACAGUAAUGUCUAUAUUUGUAUGAAAAUAAAUUCAACGAUCAUGUGCAGUACAAAAAAAAAUAUUACUAUUAACAGUAGUUUUAAGUGUUGCAUUUUCACUAAAACCACACAUUUUUAUAUGUAAACCUGAAAAAAGCCUAGUUUAUAGUAACUUUUAGAUCGAUGUAUUUUUUUAAAACCAACAAAUGUUGUUGCAAGCUUUAAAUAGACCAAAAUGACUCUAAUAUAAAAACACUAAAAUAUACCUCAUCUCUGUGCAUUAUAUAUAACGUAGAUUUAUGAUAUACAGUGCCUGUUGUGCUAUAUAUAUUUUUGUUAUACAUAUAUCAUUUCUCUUUUUAAAAAAGAAAACAGCCUAAAAUAUAUACAUUCUAUACACAAAAAUUAAUAUUUUUAAAAAGAUGUAUUUUGUAUUUAUUGAAAUCUCUCUAUUGCUAUAUAUGUGUUAUUUAGGCUUUAAUAUGAUAUUUUUAUAGAUAUCUAGACAAUAUGAUAUACUCUAUUUAAUAAACGUUUUUUAUAACAAUAUAUUAUAUUUUAGCACAGUGUUUUUUUAAAUUCUUUUUGUAACAGUGUUCGUGUAUUUUUGUCUAGAAAACUAAAAAUAAAAUUUGAUGUAUA